AUGCCUGCGAUGGGCACGGCUCCUGCCGCUGGCAACUCUCGCCCUCGCUCUUCUGGCUCUGCUGACGCUCGUGCUGCGCGCAGGAGUCGCAGCCAAAGUCGGGGACGCAGUGGCACACAGCAACUCGAAUAUCAAGCAGAAGUGGCCGCUGCCCUCGGAGAUGUGGGUACAGCGGCUCCAUCUACGCCAGAGGUAGUCCGACGAGCGCCCGCUAUUCAUUUGCCGUUGCUGGACGCUCGCGUGGCCAACAUAAAGGCCAUGGGCCUUGGCUCGCGCGGGGCGUCCGUCAAGUGGAGCGACGUGUCCGAGCAGUAUGAAUGCGUGCUGCAGCGUGCUGCUGACUACGCUGGCAAGGUAGACACCGUGUUUUCGAGCGCCCCGACGCGCUUCGCGUCGCCGCCGCCCAUCUUGGACGCGCCGACAGCGAAGUGCUGCGAUAUCAGCGGCCGCCCGGAGGGCCUCGGCAUCGCUGCGCUGGAGUGGGCCAAGCCCUUCAACCUCAAGAUAUUGAGCGCAGUCAGGGACCGCCGGAAGGCGGCACCGGUAUCUCCUAUCGUGGUUCGGCUGCCUGGGUGCAAUGGCGCGGGCAGCACUUUCUCACUAUACCUCGUGUGCAAGAUUUAUAAGUACAGCUUGCACUUGCGUGAGAUCGCGCCCGCCCAACGAUGUUCGGUGGACGCCGUGUACGACGAGUGCACUGCAUCCGUGUCCGCUCUCGAGGUGCUCGCCGACUUGCAUUCCCGCCCUGAGGUUGCAGGGGCCGUGACUAUCGGCACGUGCUCGUUCGGGAAGGCCAUCGGCGACUUCACCCCCGUUAGCGACGUGUGCGCGCUGGAGGACGUGCUUGUGGCGCCGCCGAGGCCGCCGAUGCCAGCUGUUGAAGCAGGUCGCGACCUUCCUGCCGCUGGGGACGACUCUGAAGGUGAUGAGGAUGAGGAGGAGGGAGGCGAAGCCGAUGGCGGCGAUGCUGCUGGUGCUGACGAUGAUGAUUAUAUGGCCCACUUGUUAGAAGCAAUAAUGGACGAUGCCGAGUUCGUCGAGCAAGCACGAGCCGCAUCUGGCAUCCAUGCGAAGGAGGAGCGGAGAGCGGUCGACGUCGAUCGCCAGCGAAGUUCGGCAGCGGGACAGAAGCGACAACAGGCGAAGAAGAGGCCGAAGGUGUCCGACCUCGACCUUGCAGCUGCAGUGGCGUCGUCCUUCGGUCCCGAGGCCGACGCCACUGCUGGCCCGUUGGCGCCUCAUGCCUUCGAGGACCUCCACCUUGCACAUGGCCUGGUCGUCGCAGAGAGAUCGACGGCAUCGACGGCGACGACAGGAUCGCAGGAGGCACGUUCGUCGCCGGCCCCUGCGGCCGAGCCUGCUGCCUCUGCCCCCGCGGACCUGGGCCCGCUCCCGCUCGCUGGUUUGGCGCCGGCCGUUGGCCCCGCCCUGUUGUCCGCGACGCUGGCGGCGUGGCAGGACAGCGCCCGCCUGUCGGAGCAGGCGCUGCGCUGGGCCGCUGCCGCGCGCUCUCAGAUGGACGACCUCCUGCUGGUAGCAGCCCGUGACAUGCACCUGUCAAUGAUAGAAGUGGGAGGAUGCGUGCGGCUCGUGAGAUGGAGGACUUUCACUCCGCCUGGGAUUGGCCACCUCGUGGAGCUCAGGAAUGACAAGCCUGUCUGGCUCCCAGAGGUGUCGGCGAGACUCGCCGAGGCGGACUAUUCCGGGGCUCCGAUCGUGCACCCCUGCGCUAUGAAGUACGUCAAGCUCAGGGCAGACAGAGAGGCAGUGCCCCCGAUGGCUUUUCAGAUCCGAAAGAUAUGGGGUGCCUGCAUUGACAUUCGCAGUGGAGCAGACUUACAAGGCGUGCACUGUGCGCUGUGUGAGAGUUCAAUUUCUGGCAUGACUCUAGCAUCGCCCGACGAGGUGGUCGUGCCGUGCCCGUUCUGCUGCCUAGCGUUCCACACGUGUUGCGGCCGCGCGCUAGGCGCGCACGUCCGCGCGUCCUUCCAGCACGCCGCUGCCUCUUCCACUGCCCCUGCUACUGCUCCAGCGCUGCCGGCGCCGCCCGUCGCGGUGCCACACGAACCCCCGCCUGCUGGAAUCAGCAAUGCUAUCUGGCAGGCGCGGCUGUGCCCAGCGUGCACGGCGUGCAUGCGCUGCGCAUGA